AAAUGCAGCGACCAGCACCUGACUCCUGCCUCCUCCUCACCACAAUUCCCACUACGAAACACUGACCUAAACUGGCCCCAUCUAUCUCUCUCUAUAACCGGCGCGCACGCUGCUCGGUCUAGACCAUUCCGUUCACCUGUCCCGGGCGAUAGAGGAGAAUGCGGCAUCUCUUGCAAUCCGUCGAGCACCUGGAGGCGGCGGCGGCGGCGCCGCCUUCGGCCGGCGGCGUGCACACGGACACGUUCCUGAUCCUGGCGGCGGUGCUCUGCUUCCUGCUGUGCGUGGUCGGGCUGGCCUUCGUGGCGCGGUGCUCCCGGCUGUGCAACCCGUCGGCCUUCUCCGUGGACGCGGACGCGGACCUGGCGGCGGCGGCGGCGUGCAAGGGGAUCAAGCGGAAGGCGCUGGACUCGAUGCCGACCGUGUCGUGGGCGCGGCCGGAGCAGGAGGGAGGUGACGAGGAGGAGCGGCCCGAGUGCGCCAUCUGCCUCGCCGAGUUCGCGCGCGGGGACACGGUGCGCGUGCUCCCGGCGUGCGGCCACGGGUUCCACGCGGCCUGCGUCGACGCCUGGCUCGUGUCUAGCUCCACCUGCCCCUCCUGCCGCCGCACGCUAGUCGUCUCCACGGGCUGUGCUGGCGCCGGCGCCGACGUAGAGGCGCAAGCCUCGGGCUCGGGCUCGGGCUCGGCUGCCGGCGCGGGCCGUUGCCGGUCGUCGGCACCGUAGACGAACGACCGGCCCGCGUGCGUCGGGACGUCCAGCGGCUUUGACCUUUCUUGGUUUGUUCUCGUUGCAGAGGAAUUAACCAGCACAUGUACAUACAUAUACACGUGAGUCCUGGGCUGCUGGGUCGCGACUCCUAGUACAAUGCAACUGUACAGUGUGCAGUGGUGCAUCACUCACUCAGAUAUCCAUUAUUUGUGUCUGUAAACAUUUUCCUAUGUGAAUACAUGUAGACCAGCUUAAUUGGCUUCUGUGUUAA